GUCGAGCGAGACGACCUGUAGCUAUUACACCCUUGCCUGAAACUACUACCGGUCAACAUGCCCGUGCCAUGGGAGGCUUUGAUUCCUUUCGGUCUGGUCACGACGAUGUUCGCGGCAGCCGGUACGCUGCUGAACGUCUCUAAGAGAGCCCAGAACCAGGGCAAGCCCGUCAGAUAUCAUAUAGAUGCAUGGGACGAGAUGAUGAUGGACAGAGACAAACGCUUGACCGGACAUAAACGAGGGCAGAGCACAAAUCCAUAUGCACCCGAAGGCUUCGAGACCAGCAGUAUAUGGUAUACGGAAAGAGUAGAAACCUCGUAACCAGUUUGCACCAUCUGCUAUUACAAUC